CUGGAUUGAUCAUACGUUUCUGGUUUUGUGAGACGAAACACUAUGUCAUUUGUUUUCGAAUAAUGUAAAAUAGAAGACUGGGAAGUUUGAUUUCAUAUCAUACGUUUUGUGGCAAUCUGGAUGUGUGACUGACAUGUACGACACUGUGUUUGUAUUCAUAGCAAUAUUGUUAAUAUGCAUUUUUACUCUGUUUGCUGUUUUUUACGGUUCUCCAACUAAACCCCUUUUGUUAGUGGUGUCAUUUGAUGGUUUCCGGUAUGAUUACAUAAAUAAGAACAUAACACCAACCCUACACAGUCUUCAUCAGAGAGGCGUUCACUCUCAAUAUAUGCGCAAUGUUUUUAUUACAAAAACGUUUCCAAAUCAUCACUCAAUAGCUACAGGUUUAUUUCCAAGUUCACACGGUGUUAUGGCAAGUAGUGUAUAUGAUGAGAGAUAUGGCAAAGUUAUUUCAUACAGCGAAGAACUGUGGAAAUUCGGAAACAGUGUUACUCCGCUUUGGAGCCUAAAUGAAAAACUGAACCAUCGCAGUGGGGUUUACAUGUGGCCAGGAGGAGAGUUUGACUAUCAAGGUGUUCUCCCUACAUUUCUCACUACAUUUAAACCAUCUGUAUCGUGGACAGAUCGAGUCGAUGCAGUGUUAAAAUGGUUUAUGGAUCCUGUCACUCCAGCAAACUUGGUGUUUCUCUAUUUUGAAGAGCCUGACAGCCAUUCACAUUUAUUUGGCCCUGAGUCACUGGAGGUGUUAAAGCAGAUUAUGAGGUGCGAUAAUAUAACUAAAUAUUUGUUUGACCAGAUUGCUGUUACUGGCUUAAGUAGUAAGCUUAAUGUAUUCCUUUUGAGUGAUCAUGGCAUGGACAGUGUAUCAGAAGACAGAAUAAUCAACUUGACACAUUAUGUUAACAAAACAAAGUAUCUAACAGCCAGCACAUCACCGGCACUGCAUGUAAUUCCCAAAAAAGGUGAAUUUGAAGAUGUAUACAAUGCUUUGAAAGUUGCUUCAGAAGUAGAAAACUUCACAAUUUACAAGAGAGAUGAAUUAUUUGAAAGAUGGCAUUACAAUAAUGAAAGAACCCCACCACUGUUGCUACUUGCAGAUGAAGGUUUUGCUUUUGAUGAUGUCUUGUACGUUCCGGAUAGUCACCAAAGGAAUGGCUCAAGGACAUUUGGAGUUCAUGGUUAUGACAAUGAACUCCAGACAAUGCACUCUUUCUUCAUUGCUGUGGGUCCUCUACUAAAGAAGAAUUAUACAAUUCCACCAUUUGAUUCUGUUGACUUGUAUUCAUUAUUCUGCAAGAUUUUAGGGCUCCACAGCCCUCCAACAAAUGGUUCACUUUCAAAUGUUAUAUCUAUGUUGAAAGAUGACACCGAAACUAAAAUUCAUUUGAAAUGGAUAACCAUUUCAGGUUCUGUUAUAUUGCUCCUGUGCCUUUUUAUAUUUGCUGUUCAUUUGAUGCGAAAAGCACACAGAUUAGAGGAGAGUAACAGUGACUAUACAUUAUUAAGUGACAGGGAGGCCUCAGAAGGAUGGGUAACAAAAUCACAGCAAGAAUGUCAUCAAGCUGAUAUCCAAAAUUUAAUUCAAAGUGAAGAGGAAUAAUUUUAUGCACUUUGUGAGAAGAAAAAUAUGAAUGCUUGUACACUGAUGUAAUGCUUUUUGCACAAUUCUAUUUUUACAAUAA